AUGCCCCGUUUCCGAGGUUCAGGUUCCCUCAAACGCAACGGGGUCAAGCACCGGUUCAUCGUCACGGAAAUGAUUGGAGAAGACCCGCUGAAGGUCUUCGACCGGCCAGGCAAGACGCUUUCCUUGAAGGCUGCUUUUAGCAUCGGCAGGAGCGUGAUCAUCCGGACACGAGAGUGCAGCCGUGCCUAUGUGAGGGCGUCCACCUUACUUGUUGGUUUUGGCCAAGGCGAUGAAGGCAAAGUGUACCUCAUGGACUUUGGUUUGGCCUCUCGGUUUACGCAAAACGGCAAGCACAACGAGUACAUGGAAGAUCUCAGAAACGCGCUACCGGGAUGGAUGGCCACGAGUGCAGCCAUGCCUAUGUGA